UAUUUACAAAUAUAUAUGAUAUUCCCAGAUUUUGAAAACACCAAAGAUGAAAUCAAAAGCUUACUUGAGGUAUAUGAAGAGAAUCUGACAGCUUACAAAGCUGAAGCUGAUAACAUCACCUCCAGCUUAACUACGAGGCUGGACGACCUGAAAAAUGGAUUCGAAGCAAAGCUGAAUGUGCAACAGGAACUGCAAACUUUACAACAAGAGGAGAUUACCGAGAGCAACUCGGAAGUCGCCUCAAUCACUGCACAAGUCAGUUCCCUCAAGACAGAUAUUGGCUCCAUUAGCACAAAAGUCGACUCUCUUAGUACACAAGUCAACUCUCUAAGUACACAAGUCAACUCUCUUAGUACACAGGUCGGCGACCUUAACACACGAGUCAACUCUCUCAACACAAAGGUCAAUUCCUUCUCCACACAGAUAAGUUCCCUCACCACCAAAGUCAGUUCCAUCAGCACAAGAGUAGACUCCUUUCCCUCACAGAUCGCUGACUUGGAAAGGAAGACCAAGGUGAACAGUUUAUUGAGUCAACACACUGUCUGGCACACUUCAACACUGACUUGCAGUGGUAACCAAGAACUCACCAGUAACAGCGGCGCCAUAACAGUAGUUAACAGUGGCAAUUACGUUGAUAAUGUUGAAUGUUCUUGGAAGAUAACACUGCCAGAGGGGAAGAAGAUAUUAUUAAAAUGGAGUCACUUUGAGCUGGAAUACAACAUGACUGUGCUUACGACUACGUAAUGAUCCAGGACCUCAAAAGGUCUGGUCAACUAGUAUAUGGGUAAGUUUUACCAUAAUUUU